CUUAAUCCGCAAUUCCUGUGCCAUCGGCCAGUCAUGUGCAACAUGGACGACAUUUUGAAAGGGUGUGUUCUAUUUUUAAUUUUUAAAUUGUGCUUGGGAAGCUACCAUGAGCAAUAUAGAGUCCCUCAAGUAAGUUCUGAUAGAUGGGAAUCCUUCAUAUUUAACAAUAAGGAGUAUAUAGUGCAAAACCUGCCCGUGAAUUGGGAGAACGCGAAAAUCCUUUGCCGCGGCUACCAUAAUGGGACUCUAGCAAUUGUAGACACGAGAGACAAGGCAGAAUUUCUGGCAGAAGCGUUGUCAGAGUCACAGUUUAUGGUGACAUCAGUAUGGGUGGGGGCUCGGAGAGAUUCUGCUGAAGACGCAGCAGGGUACAGGUGGGGGCAGGGCCUGGAGCUCAGGAGAACUGCCCUGGAUGUGCUAGCAAGCGAGAAGGACGAAAACAUCGCGAGGCAUUACCCUGUAUGGCUGAACAGGACGCACGUGCCGGUCCCGGAGACCGGGGCUGACUGCGUGGCGCUGGAGAGGGUCAACCACGACAACCCCGUGUUCCUCGACCUGCCGUGUCACCUAGAGAGGGCUUUUGCGUGCGAAAGAGAUGCCCAGGCAGUGACUCAUGUCAACAAGGUGAACACAGUCCGUUGUCGUGGCGGGCUGUACCACGUGUACGAUGGCCGGAUGGACUGGCACCAGGCAGCCGCGUACUGCGUGCUUCGAGGAAUGACAUUGGCAAAUAUUUCAACUCUGAAGUGCCUUCGUCGACUCGGAAUGACGAUGCUGAAAAACCGACCCAGCAUAGAGAACGCGUGGGUGGGCGCGCGCGGCUCGCUCGGCCGCUGGACCUGGAUUGACACCGGCUUCAACGUGUUCCAGACCCCGGCGCUGUCUGAUGCCACUGCAGAUACCUGGCCACCGAUGCGUGACAGGGCGAAUAUAAAACAAAAUGGCUGCCUCCAGCUUGACAGACACGAGUCACACCCCCCCGUGUUUCUAGAGGCGAGGUGCGAAAGGAAAAUGCAGUUUAUUUGCUAUGAAGCCGUAUCAACCCUGAAAUCGACAGUAACGACACCUAGCGACGAUCUGUAUUACUACGUGCUUGUCAGACAAUUAUACUACUGGCAACACGCUUACGAGAACUGUCUGAAGAUGAACGGGACCCUCGCGAGCCUGGAUAACAACGAUAUCCUGAUACAGCUGCUCCUGGUCAUGGGGGAGAAUCAAGAGGAACCUAUCGAGCACAUCUGGAUAUCCGGGCGUCUGAACAUGACGAAGGAUGUGGCGACGGACACGGUUAGCUACGCCUGGUACAACCCUCUCAACACCAAACGGAUUCCUGAUCCGAAAGGACUCGCUGACUCCAGUUCAGCAUAUAUGCCGCCGUGGCUUGACGAAGAGUUUACGAUGGACAACUCGUGUCUCAACUUGGACAGACAAGAUCAUCUGAUCGGCCUUGUGUAUGGACUGCCGUGCGAUACACCACAGUAUUCCGUUUGUAUGAUAGAAAAAGCUACAAAAACCACUUCAUCACCAGCGGGGCUGCCAGUAAGUGUUGCAGUGGUAUCAUCAACAGUGGAAACAGUCUCCGAAGGUUACGAAACCACUUAGAUAUAAUUUUAUUCUUUAUAAUCGUAGUAGGAAAGUAAAUAAAUGAUUAUAACAAGA